AUGACCGAGAUGCAGAACUUGAAGGGCUCGGACACCGGAGAAGUGAUUCAAAAACUGAUUCAAGGUCUGAAGGAGGCCCUGGAAUGCAAGCUCUGCCGGCCCUCGCCCACCUUCGCCUCCAUGGCAGGUGAUAUCAAAAAUGGCCACUACAUCACCAGCCACUACCCACCCUUCUUCCGCACCAACGACCCCAACGACAAGGGUAUCGCCAUCGGCGAGACCACUGCGCGUCUGUUUCACUCAUGGUACUGGGAGAUGAUCACCCACGAGAUGCGCGAGCAGUACUAUCAGCAUGUGGAGCAAGCCCUCAACCGCCUCCUCGAUGAGACCAAGGACAUCGAUCCCGAGGUGGCUCUUCUCUUUGCUCACUACCAGACUGACUUCCACAUCCGUCAGCACCAUUUCAGCGGCCGUGGUAUCCUCAACUUCUGCCGUGAUGCAGAUGACAUGCAGCAACUUCGCCACUGGAAGUGGAGACUCCACGAUAUCGAUCAGGGAAAGCCUAUCGACCAGAACAACACCUGGCCCUAUGGAUGCAACCACACCGCCUGGCCCGGCGACGAGAAUUCCGAGAUGCCGCACGCCGCCCUGCUCUGGAAGGGGAAUGUGACCAUGCGCCAAAAGCAUCUCAACAAGAUUCGCGCAGAGUGGGCCAUCAUCACGGAUGAGCGACGCAAGUAUCGUGAGAUGGUCCUCCGCAAGCAAAAGGCCAAGGACACCAUCACGGUCCGUCUCUACUGUCGAGGCGAGCUGAAGGAUACUCGACAACUGAAGCGCCUCACCCCUGUCGAGGUGGCCUAUCUGGCUGAAAAGGCAUUGCAGAGCCCGGUUGGUAUCUGA